AUGAAGGGAACUGCCUGCCUCUCCUUUUCUGUUGGGAUGUUUCUUUUCACAGAAUCACUCAGGUUGGAAAAACCUCUGAGAUGGAGUCCAUUUCCUGCAUUCCUGCCAAUUGAGCCUCAUGCAUGGGUACACUUGCUCCUGGUUUUCCUCUUUUAUUCCUGAAGUUGUGACAACUGGACACAUUAGAACAGGAAUUUCCAGGUCUGGCAGUGGGGAAGGCAUUAAGGUUUCCAUGGGCAGCAUGAGACACCGAAGAAAUGGCAAUUUUGAGAGUUCCAGACUCCUCUAUUCCAGCAUGUCUCGCAGUAUAGACGUGGCUUGCAGCGAUGCUGAUUUGGCCAACUUCAUCCAAGAAAACUUUAAGAAGAGAGAAUGUGUCUUUUUUACAAAAGACACCAAGUCAAUGGGUAACUUAUGUAAAUGUGGAUACCCUGAAAAUCAGCACAUAGAAGGCACCCAGGUUAACACCACCGAAAAAUGGAACUACAAGAAGCACACCAAGGAGCUUCCUACUGAUGCCUUCGGGGACAUUCAGUUUGAAAACUUGGGAAAAAGAGGAAAGUACAUCCGCCUGUCGUGUGACACAGACUCAGAGACGCUCUAUGAUCUCAUGACGCAGCACUGGCACCUGAAAACCCCAAACCUCGUCAUCUCCGUCACCGGCGGCGCCAAGAACUUCGCACUCAAGCCCCGCAUGCGCAAGAUAUUCAGCAGGCUGAUCUACAUCGCCCAAUCCAAGGGAGCCUGGAUUUUCACCGGGGGAACGCACUACGGGCUGAUGAAGUACAUUGGGGAGGUGGUCAGAGACAACACCAUCAGCCGCAGCUCUGAGGAGAACGUGGUGGCCAUUGGCAUCGCGGCCUGGGGCAUGAUCUCCAACCGGGAAACCCUCAUCCGCACGGCCGACAGCGACGGGAGCUACUUGGCCCACUACAUCAUGGAUGACCUGAAGAGAGACCCCCUGUACUGCCUGGAUAACAACCACACCCAUCUCCUGCUGGUUGAUAACGGCACCCACGGGCACCCCACCACAGAGGCCAAAGUGCGGACGCAGCUGGAGAAGUACAUUUCAGAGCGGGUUAUCCCAGAAUCUAAUUAUGGUGGGAAGAUCCCAAUUGUGUGUUUUGCCCAAGGUGGUGGGAAGGAGACUUUGAAAUCCAUCAACGUGGCCAUCAAGAGCAAGAUUCCCUGUGUGGUGGUGGAAGGCUCUGGGCGCAUUGCUGACGUCAUUGCCAGCCUGGUGGAGGCUGAAGGCACUCUUGCUUCCUCCUGUGUCAAGGAGAGCUUGCUCAGGUUCCUGCCUCGCACCAUUUCCAGGCUCUCAGAAGAGGAGACUGAGAGCUGGAUCAAGUGGAUCAAAGAAGUCCUUGAGAGCCCUCAUUUACUGACAGUGAUCAAAAUAGAAGAAGCUGGAGAUGAAAUUGUGAGCAAUGCCAUUUCCUUUGCCCUAUACAAAGCGUUCAGCACCAACGAGCAUGACAGGGAUAACUGGAACGGGCAGCUGAAGCUGCUGCUGGAGUGGAACCAGCUGGACCUGGCCAGCGAUGAGAUCUUCACCAACGACCGAAACUGGGAGUCUGCUGACCUGCAGGAUGUGAUGUUCACAGCCCUGGUGAAAGACAGGCCCAAAUUUGUCAGGCUCUUCCUGGAGAACGGCUUGAAUCUGCGGAAGUUCCUCACCACUGAGGUCCUGAGGGAGCUGUACACCAACAACUUCAGCAGCCUGGUGUUCAAGAACCUGCAGAUUGCCAAGAACUCCUACAAUGAUGCCCUCCUCACCUUCGUGUGGAAGAUGGUGGAGGAUUUCCGGAGAGGUUUCAAAAGAUACUACAAAAACAGCAAGGAUGAGAUGGAGAUACAGCUCUCAGAGGAGUGUCCUAUCACAAGGCACCCAUUGCAAGCUCUGUUUAUUUGGUCAGUUCUUCAGAACAAGAAGGAGUUGUCCAAAGUAAUUUGGGAGCAAACCAGAGGCUGCACUUUGGCAGCCCUGGGGGCCAGUAAGCUCCUGAAAAGCAUGGCCAAGGUGAAGAAUGAUAUAAAUGCUGCUGGUGAGUCCGAGGAGCUCGCUAAUGAGUAUGAGACAAGAGCAGUAGAGCUGUUCACCGAGUGCUACAGCAACGAUGAAGAACUGGCUGAGCAGCUGCUGACUUACUCCUGUGAAGCCUGGGGAGGGAGCAACUGUCUGGAAUUAGCAGUGGAAGCCAGAGACCAGCAGUUUAUUGCCCAGCCAGGUGUGCAGAAUUUCCUUUCCAAGCAGUGGUAUGGAGAGAUUUCAAGAGACACUAAGAACUGGAAGAUUAUACUGUGCCUGUUCUUUUUCCCUUUAAUAGGCUGUGGUUUCAUCUCAUUCAGGAAAAAGCCUGUGGAGAAGAGUAAGAAACUCUUCUUAUAUUAUGUGUCUUUCUUCACCUCCCCUUUUGUGGUCUUCUCCUGGAACGUCAUCUUCUACAUUGCUUUCCUGUUGCUCUUCGCCUACGUGUUGCUUAUGGAUUUCCAGAAGGAACCCACGGCCCUGGAGAUCAUCCUUUACGUGCUGGUCUUCAUUCUGCUUUGUGAUGAAGUGAGACAAUGGUACAUGAACGGCAGCAAGUAUUUCUCAGACCUGUGGAAUGUUAUGGAUACCCUUGCAAUCUUCUACUUCAUAGCAGGAAUUGUGUUCAGGCUUCACUCUGAUGAAAGCUCUUGGUAUUCCGGGAGAGUAAUUUUCUGUUUGGACUACAUAGUUUUUACCCUGAGGCUCAUCCAUAUUUUCACAGUUAGCAGGAAUCUAGGACCCAAAAUUAUUAUGCUGCAGAGGAUGAUGAUAGAUGUCUUCUUCUUCCUCUUCCUCUUUGCUGUGUGGAUGGUGGCCUUCGGUGUAGCCAGGCAAGGCAUCCUGAGGAAGAACGAGCACCGCUGGGAGUGGAUCUUCCGCUCGGUCAUCUACGAGCCCUACCUGGCCAUGUUUGGCCAGUACCCUGAUGAUAUUGAUGGUACCACCUACAACUUCGACCACUGCACUUUUUCUGGGAAUGAGUCCAAGCCCUUGUGCGUGGAGCUGGAUGCCAACAACCAGCCCCGCUUCCCGGAGUGGAUCACCAUUCCCCUUGUGUGCAUUUACAUGCUCUCCACCAACAUCCUCCUGGUCAACCUGCUCGUGGCCAUGUUCGGUUACACUGUUGGAUCAGUGCAAGAGAACAAUGACCAGGUGUGGAAGUUCCAGCGUUUUUUCCUGGUGCAGGAAUACUGCAGUCGCCUGACCAUCCCCUUCCCCUUUGUCAUCUUUGCCUACAUAUUCAUGGUGCUGAGGAAAUGCUUCAAGUGCUGCUGUAACAAAGAAAGCAAAGAGCCAAUCAUUUGUUGCUCAAGAAAUGAGGACAAUGAAAUCCUGGCAUGGGAAGCUGUCAUGAAGGAGAAUUACCUCGUCAAAAUCAAUACAAAAGCAAAUGAUUCGUCAGAAGAGAUGGUGCAUCGAUUUAGACAACUGGAUGCAAAGCUCUCUGAUUUGAAAGGCCUUCUGAAAGAGAUUUCCAGUAAAAUUAAAUGAGUGCAGCUGAAAUUCAAGAGCAGCUACUGGAGCAGGGUAAGCCCUCUUUAAAUCCAUUCUCUGCCUUGAAAAAGUUACCAGCAUUUGUGGUGUUAAAUUGGUGUGUCUUUGAAAGAAGAGCUAGUAUUAAUUGCUGAUGGUUGUAUUCAUAUUGUCUGAUACUGGGGAAGAAAGGAGACCCGAAUUGUCUUCCUCAUUUGUGUUUUUCUUUCUGAAAAAUACAGGUUUCCAUCUGGGCUUUCUAUCAGGUUUCGGCACUGUUUAAAACACUUUGUUUUGCUCGCUUGCCUCUGAAUAACUGUGACUAACCCAAGGUUAUUUUAGUUGUCUUUGUGUUGGAGGGCCUCUAGAAAAUGAGGAGCUGCUGUGCUGGAUCCUUUACCCUUGGUACCUUCUAACUCUGAAGAGCAGGCAACCCAAAUAGAAAAGACACAAGUGAGGGCAGGAGUAAGGUUUAUUUUUCCACUAUCAAAGUGGGGCAUUAGGCUGGACCGCUGUAGCCUUCUUGUACAAUAAGCUGCAGUGUGAGGAGUUGACCCAAAGUCUCAGGUGCAGCUGAGUGUCUGGUCAUCAGCCUUGUGUCCUUUUGCCUCCAGUUUCAAGAAAGAAUUGGCUUGGAUCCCACAGAGGGAUGUGAAAGUCAGACAGAAUACUGAUGGAUGCAGAGAACGCUGCCAUCUUUAGAGACAGCAGGUUAAGAAGUGUAACUGUUGAAUGGGAUAAUCUGGAACAACUUGAUCAGCCUGGAUAUUACGGCCUGGCUCCUUCUUCCACAGAGUGGUUUUGUCCAAGAGAACUUAAACCUGUGCCAAACAUUCCCCAGUCAGCUCACUGUUUUCCUGGGAGAACUGAAUAUUCACUUGACCUAAGUUCCAUGUAGUCAUGAAUGACUUGCAACCACCUAAUAAAAUCUACAGAGAUCACCAGUUCCUGGGCUGGUUCUAGGAUGUGCUGGACUCCCAAGUUGCCUAAAAACAAGGCUGUAGAAUAGUGGAACUCUGGAGGCCAUUUAGUCCAGUGCUGCUCAAACAGUGCCAGCACAGAUCAAAGGGAGCUGCAGUGUGGCUGGCAAACAGGUUGUAAUUAGAUACAGUGGGGCAGCCUGGGACAAGGGACAGCAGUUCAUGAUGGAGCUUGUGGAAAGGCACCU